GGAAUAUUCUCAAACCCCAUUUGCCAAUAUUGUUAAGUCCCGCCCUUCUUCCCAAACGUCUGCUCCCGCACUGUGGAAAAACACAGGUAACCGCUGGAUAGCACUAGCGUAGCACAGCCAGGAUCCUGAAGUCUACUACACUGCAUUUUACAUGAUGACCUAGCACACAUCCUUGAUGAUGAUGAGACAGAUCUGUAAGUGAAGUUACAAGAUGAGUGGAAGUCAUAGGCGGAUAGAGAUGGACCUGGCUGUAGGAUCUUCAUCAAAGCCUUAUGGGUCCUCCAGGAGUAUUGUCAGAAGAAUUGCCACAAAUCUUCCCUUAGCACCCUGCCCUCGUGUCCAUUUUCAGCUUCAUCCGUUCGCUGCAGGAACGAGUUUCCUUAACAAUUCAAAUGGACUUGUAGCCACACUCGCUGAUGUGGGCUGGAUGGACAGAGAAGAGAGCGAUGGCGCUGGCAGAAAUGGGUUUGAGGCUGAUUCUGGGUUGUUUUUCCGCAACCAGCAGUGCAGACCUCUGAGACGUCAACGGUCAUUACCCAGCUUGCAUCAGGCUGAACCUGCACCACAGAGUCAGACGAUCAUCAACGAUGAAACCAUUCAGAAAAUCAGUGCUCUGGAGACUGAGCUGGCCAAACUUAGAGCGCAAAUUGCACAGAUCGUUCAGGCACAGGAGCAAAGUGCUCAAUCCACAGCUCCAGCACCAGGUGGUCCCCCUGUACCCCAAGCUCCACCAAUGGCUCCAGUUCCACCUCCGCCGCCUCCACCACCUCCUCCUCCGUGUCCUGCCCUUGGCAUACAGCGAAGCUAUUCCACCAUUGACCUUAUUCGAGAGCGUCGUGGGAAAAAGGCAGAGCAGAAGACAGAACUGGAGUCGGCACCUAAAAAGCCAGAGCUUCCCAACAUGCUAGACGUACUGAAAGACAUAGGGAAAGUGAAGCUGCGCUCAGUUAAGAGUCUUCAAGAGGACACGAAACCAAAACCUGUUGAGCCCACAGAUGCUGCAGCUUUAAUCGCAGAGGCCCUGAAACGCAAGUUCGCUCACCGCUACAGGAGCGACAGUGAAUGUGAUGGCAACUUCGACUUGCCAGCUCCUGAGAAUAAGACCCACGUAGAAACACCACUGUUUGGACAGCAUAUGUUAAAGUCGACUGGAAGGAGGAAACUGUGCUAGGAUGGAGCUACUCAUCUGAGCAGGUUAAUGUAGUUAACCUGAUGACCCUUAAAUUUCAAUAACCGGCUAACUUUUCUUGUUAGCCCUCAAAAUGUUGUUAAGUGUUCUUUUAGGUGAGCAUGGAAAUGCCAAACACUAUGCAGUCAAUCUGGUUUCCCAGUUGAAUAGCUAUGUAAUUUGCACUUUGAAAAGUUCAUUUCUAUCAGUACAUCUUGUACCACAGCCAGUUCCAUCAUUAAUGCCAGUUACCUGAGAAAUUUGUUCUUUUUGUUGGGUUUUAUGUAUGAUUUUAUAUGUGGAUUUAUUUGGAUCUGUUGAAGGUCAACAGUGCAAAUAUUCGACCUUGUUGGAUUCCUCUCAUUUGAAGGGAUAAUGUUGAACAAAAACACUAAAGUGUAUGGCUUGUUCUUUAUCAGUGGUUUUAUGUGUAUUUUUAACACCUGUUUGCACAGAAGUUGUGUCUUCUUCAAAGUUACAAUCCAUAGUUGCUAGUAACUUUAGGUUUUCUGUCAUGUGACCACUAGCAAUUAUGAAGCACUUUUGUGAUCAUCAUAUAUAGGGCUUAGAUGGUGCUGUUAGUAGUAUUUGCUCAGUAAUUUAAAAUCCUUUUUAGGUUGUAAUUUAUUAUUUUGGAGCAUUUGCAUGAUAUGGUUCUGGAAGUCAUUUAGUUAUUUAACCAGUUUAAUAAAUUACUUGAAUAAUGUAAUUUUAUGACAUCAAGCUUGUUAUCUCUAGUACAGUGCCGACUUCAGUCUAUCAGUAGAAUUUUUUGACAGUGUUUGUACCUUAAAAGGUUUGUAUUUUUGCACAUAUAACCAAAAUGUCUGCUGUGCACCAAAAGUCAGUGCAUGUGCACCAAAAGUCAGUGCAUUUGCAUUAUAUUACAGUACAGGAUUUCUCAUUUCAAAGAUUUCUAACUGGAUUUAAUGGCCAGCACAUAGGAAGCAAACCUCAGAAUUGAAGGGAAUCUCCUGGCGGAGAUGUAUUUCUGGUUUUAUUAUGGAUUGUGAUAUUUUAUCCAAAUCGGUUGAUUUUAUUACACGCUACAGAACAGUUUUGAAUGGACUUUAAUUUCUUGAAUAAACCCAAAACUGUC